UAUCUCUCGUCGGUUUGUUAUAUACCCUUAUCUGAUGAAGUUAUAAAUUUUAGGUCUAUUUAGUCCGUUUUGUACAAAACCUUCUGGCAACACCGUUUAAGUGCAUUUCUUUAGUCAUUCCUUUCGCUAUAGCUGUCCACGUUUUCAGAAGUUGUUGGUCGGCCAGUGGUCCGCAUAGAUCUUCAUAUUUUGAACUGUUUAACAAAAGAAAAACGCGACAAAAUGAGCGACCUAUCUCUGGAGCAGAAGAAAUCUCUAAUAACCCGCAAUCUCCAAGAAGUUUUGGGCGAAGACAAACUUAACUCAAUCCUAAAGGAGAGGGAUUUAAAGAUUUACUGGGGCACUGCAACAACUGGUCAACCACAUGUGGCUUAUUUUGUGCCUAUGUCAAAAAUUGCCGACUUCCUUAAGGCAGGAUGUGAGGUCACUAUUCUUUUUGCCGAUCUUCAUGCCUACUUGGAUAAUAUGAAAGCUCCUUGGUCUCUGUUACAAUUGCGCACACAAUAUUACGAAGCGGUAAUUAAGGCAAUGUUAUCUUCCAUUGGGGUGCCACUGGACAAAUUGAAAUUUGUGAAGGGCACCGACUAUCAGCUGUCGAGGGAAUACACACUGGAUGUGUAUAAACUUUCGUCGGUGGUAACACAGCACGAUGCCAAAAAAGCUGGUGCUGAAGUUGUUAAACAAGUCGAAUAUCCUCUGCUUUCGGGUCUUCUGUAUCCCGGACUUCAGGCUUUGGAUGAGGAAUACCUCAAAGUUGAUGCUCAAUUUGGUGGAGUAGAUCAAAGAAAGAUUUUUACAUUCUCGGAAAAAUAUUUGCCCCAAUUGGGCUAUGAAAAGCGUAUACAUUUGAUGAACCCCAUGGUGCCCGGUUUGGCAGGUGGUAAAAUGUCCUCCUCAGAAAUAGAUUCCAAAAUAGAUUUACUCGAUUCGCCCGCAAAUGUCAAAAAGAAGUUGAAGAAAGCUUUCUGCGAGCCGGGCAAUGUGGCCGAUAAUGGUUUAUUGUCUUUUGUCAAGCACGUUCUAUUCUCUCUGUUCAAGGAGGGUGAGGGUUUCGAAAUCAACCGCUCCCCAGAGAAUGGUGGAGAUAUGACAUUCAAUAACUAUGCAGAUUUAGAGCAAUAUUUUGCUGAAAGCAAACUACAUCCGGGAGAUCUUAAAGCAGCUGUUGAGAAAUAUAUCAACAAACUAUUGGAGCCCAUACGCAAAGAAUUUGAGAAACCUGAAUUGCAAAAAUUGUGUGCAGCUGCUUAUCCUCCUCCAGCUAAAACGAAAGGACCAGUACCGGCCAAUGCUGGCGCUCCCGAAGAGGAUGGUCCACAGCGUUUGGAUAUCCGUGUGGGCAAAGUCAUUGAGGUGCAACGUCACCCUGAUGCUGAUACAUUGUACGUUUUGAAAAUUGAUUUGGCAGAAGAUCAACCACGCACCAUUAUCAGUGGUUUGGUUAAAUUUGUGACUGUCGAAGAACUUGAUCAACGUUUGGUAGCAGUUUUGUGCAAUCUUAAACCUUCCAAAAUGCGUGGCAUACUUUCUGAAGGCAUGGUUUUGUGUACUUCAAACGAAGACCACACAGUGGUGGAACCCAUUAUUGUUCCUGCAUCUGCAGCUCCAGGCAGUCGUUUGGCAUUCGAAGGCUACAGUGGCCAACCUGAUGAACAAUUAAAUCCCAAGAAAAAGGUUUGGGAAAAACUAUCAGUCGAUCUUAAGACAAAUGGCGAAGGUGUUGCUGUGUGGAAGGACAACUUCUUAUUAACACCCGAAGGGGAAAAACUUACAAGCAAAUUAGCUAAUUGUUGUAUUAAAUAGAUUUCAUGGCUUCGAAAAACACAAGUCGGCCGGGGCAUUUAAUUUAUUUAAUUUUUUUUUUCUAAUUUAUUUUUUUAACUCAUUUACAAGUACGCACGAGUAUGUUGCCUAUAAAUAACGAUCAAAGGUUAAUAAAAUAACUGCCUUACAAAAGCCUUUUAAA